GGUGACCGCGCGCGGUCACGUGACCCGGCCCGAGUGCGGGCGGUGGAAGGCGGAAGUGGGAGCGGAGUUGGGCGCCGCUUCUGUGGCCGCGGCAGUUUCAUGGUGAUGAUAUGGCAUCUGCCAGCUCCAGCCGGGCAGGAGUCGCCCUGCCUUUUGAGAAAUCUCAGCUUACUCUGAAAGUGGUGUCAGCAAAGCCCAAGGUGCAUAAUCGUCAACCUCGAAUUAACUCCUACGUGGAAGUGGCGGUGGAUGGACUCCCCAGCGAGACCAAGAAAACUGGGAAGCGCAUUGGGAGCUCUGAGCUUCUCUGGAAUGAGAUCAUCAUUUUGAAUGUCACGGCCCAGAGUCAUUUAGAUUUGAAGGUCUGGAGCUGCCAUACUUUGAGAAAUGAACUGCUAGGCACCGCCUCUGUCAACCUCUCCAAUGUCCUGAAGAACAAUGGGGGCAAAAUGGAGAACACGCAGCUGACGCUGAACCUGCAGACGGAGAACAAAGGCAGUGUUGUCUCGGGCGGAGAGCUGACAAUUUUCCUGGACGGGCCGACUGUUGAUUUGGGAAAUGUGCCUAAUGGCAGUGCCGUGACAGACGGAUCACAGCCACCUUCAAGAGAAUCUAGUGGGACAACUAUAGCUCCAGAGAACCGGCACCCACCCCCCAGCACAAACUGCUUUGGAGGGAGAUCCCGGACACACAGACAUUCAGGCGGUUCAGCCAGAACAACCACAACAGCCGGUGAGCAAAGCCCUGGUACUAGGAACCGACACCGCCAGCCCAUCAAGAACCCAAGCCACAGUGGCCUGGCCAAUGGCACAGUGAAUGAUGAACCCACUGCAGCCUCUGAUCCUGAAGAACCUUCUGUUGUUGGUGUGACAUCCCUAUCUCCUCCAGCCUUGAGUGUGACCCCAAACCCCAACACGACAUCUCUCCCUGCUCCGGCCACACCUGCUGAAGGAGAGGAACCCAGCACUUCUGGGACACAGCAGCCUCUGACAGCUGCCCAGGCUCCUGAUGCUCUGCCUGCUGGGUGGGAGCAGCGAGAGCUGCCCAACGGCCGGGUCUAUUAUGUUGACCACAACACUAAGACCACCACCUGGGAGCGGCCUCUUCCUCCAGGCUGGGAAAAACGCACAGACCCCCGAGGGAGGUUUUACUAUGUGGAUCACAACACUCGCACCACCACCUGGCAGCGCCCGACGGCUGAAUAUGUGCGGAACUAUGAGCAGUGGCAGUCACAGAGGAAUCAGCUCCAGGGGGCCAUGCAGCACUUCAGCCAAAGAUUCCUCUACCAGUCUUCGAACACUUCAGUUGACCAUGAUCCCCUGGGCCCGCUCCCUCCUGGCUGGGAGAAGAGGCAGGACAAUGGACGAGUGUACUACGUGAACCAUAACACGCGCACUACCCAGUGGGAGGACCCUCGGACCCAGGGGAUGAUCCAGGAACCAGCUCUGCCCCCAGGAUGGGAGAUGAAGUACACCAGCGAGGGGGUGCGGUACUUUGUGGACCAUAAUACUCGUACCACCACCUUCAAGGAUCCUCGCCCAGGGUUUGAGUCUGGGACCAAGCAAGGAUCCCCCGGUGCCUACGACCGAAGUUUUCGGUGGAAGUAUCACCAGUUCCGCUUCCUCUGCCACUCAAAUGCCCUACCCAGUCAUGUGAAGAUCAGUGUUUCCAGGCAGACACUCUUCGAGGAUUCUUUCCAGCAGAUCAUGAACAUGAAACCCUAUGACCUGCGCCGCCGCCUCUACAUCAUCAUGCGCGGUGAGGAGGGCCUGGACUAUGGAGGCAUCGCCAGAGAGUGGUUUUUCCUCCUGUCCCACGAGGUGCUCAAUCCCAUGUACUGCUUAUUCGAAUACGCUGGGAAGAACAACUACUGCCUGCAGAUCAACCCCGCCUCCUCCAUCAACCCGGACCACCUCACCUACUUCCGCUUUAUUGGCAGAUUCAUUGCCAUGGCUCUGUACCAUGGAAAGUUUAUUGACACAGGCUUCACUCUCCCUUUCUACAAGCGGAUGCUCAACAAGAGACCAACCCUGAAAGAUCUGGAGUCCAUUGACCCUGAAUUCUACAACUCCAUUGUCUGGAUUAAAGAGAACAAUCUAGAAGAAUGUGGUCUGGAGCUGUUCUUCAUCCAGGACAUGGAGAUCCUGGGCAAAGUGACAACCCAUGAACUGAAGGAAGGUGGUGAGAGCAUCCGGGUCACAGAGGAGAACAAGGAAGAGUACAUCAUGCUGCUGACUGACUGGCGUUUCACCCGAGGCGUCGAAGAGCAGACCAAAGCCUUCCUGGAUGGCUUCAAUGAGGUGGCCCCACUGGAGUGGCUGCGCUACUUUGAUGAGAAAGAGCUGGAGCUGAUGCUGUGCGGCAUGCAGGAGAUAGACCUGAGUGACUGGCAGAAGAACACCAUCUACCGGCACUACACCAAGAACAGCAAGCAGAUCCAGUGGUUCUGGCAGGUGGUAAAGGAGAUGGACAACGAAAAAAGAAUCCGGCUGUUACAGUUUGUUACUGGAACCUGCCGCCUGCCCGUGGGGGGAUUUGUUGAACUCAUCGGGAGCAAUGGACCACAGAAGUUCUGCAUCGAUAAGGUUGGCAAGGAAACCUGGCUGCCCAGAAGCCACACCUGCUUCAACCGCCUGGACCUCCCACCCUACAAGAGCUACGAACAACUGAAAGAGAAGCUGCUGUAUGCCAUUGAGGAGACUGAGGGCUUUGGACAGGAGUAACAGCCACCUCCAUGCCCCCCAGCACACAUGUAGUCCUGAGUCCUCCCUGCCUGGAGGCCACAGGCAUGCAGCCCUUGGGAGGCCCCUGUAGAUGACGGCCCUGCGUGGAACCACACUGUCAUCAUGCUGGUGGUGGAAGAGCCUGACCCUAGGAGGCCCUGCAGCCCCUCCCUCCUACCUGCUGGUGGUAGUCUGGAAUAAAGCCCCUCGUCACCUUUGACCCCAUCACCCAUUGCAAAGUUUGAGAACUGACCUCUGCAAAACUUCCCCCAUCCCCUGGGACCAACCUAGGUGUCCGUGAGUGGGCCCUGCCCUGAUGGGCUGCGGCAGAAGCCCAGGCCUCACAGGCUGGUUAGGUGAAGAGAUUGGCUGCUCUGGGUGGCUGUUCUGCACUGAGAAAGCCAAGGGUCUUUGCCAGCAAAAGAGGUUCUAUCUUAAUAGAACUUCCCAGGGUCUGAAUGAAACGUGGGUCUGAGGGAAAGACUGUCAAGAUCUUCACCUCACUUCCCUUCCUGGCAGACUCCAGCCACAGAGGCCAAGCAACAGGGACUCGGCACUGCCAGCUCAGGUCGUCCCUGCCUGGCAGACCAAGGGUUGGGCGAGCUGCCCGCCUGGGUCUCGGGGGAAGGGGAAGCAGCAAAGUCCCCCAGACCUUUUUGUUCUUUACAUAAACUUGAAGCGUUUGUGUGUAGGGUUGCUUUUUGUUUUGUUUUUGAUAUGCUGCUGUCACUUUCUGUCAAGGAGCUGGUGCCCCAGGUGUCCUGGGGCCUUGAGGGACCUGUCCCCCUUGGUCCAAGAGUUUCCAGAACAGCUUCUCCUCUCAGGAGCCUGCUUAGCAGUUCCAUGAGCUCAGGUGGGCUUGACCCUGUGGCUUCACUGUGCAGCAUCCAAGUCCCUGAACUUGGAGGAAAGGCUUGGUGUCCUGAGUGCCACCCGCACCUUUGCGCCUUUGAUAGAGAUGAGAUCCUUUGCUAGAUACAGUCGCCCACGUGGCCCCCAUUGAGGGGUAGAUGGGUCUAGACUGUCCCUCCCUGACAGCCCCUGGAGCUCCAGAGGGCCUGUUAGUCCCCUGCUUAGAAUGAAGCCCAUUGUGGCCAGCGGAGUGUUCGUUCUGCAUAGAUGGGAGGCUUAUCUGCAUGUGGGAAAUGAUCCCGUUGAAACCCACAGCAGGAGCCCCAACGCUGGCUCGCUGGCUCGCCUUGGGGAUUCUGCCUUUGAAAUCUGCAGGCUCCUCUGGGAAGCCGCAGAGUGAUGGUGGCAUACUCCCUAGUCUAGGCCCCCAGGGCUCUAGGGAUGGACCCCCGGCUACAGACCUGCUUUCUGGGACCCCGGGCGGGCUCUCAGACUGGUUGGAGGAACCUUCCAAGGACAGUCUCUCCUUCCCACAUCUCAUCCUUCCCCAUCCCACAGAGGUGCUGCCUGCGUCCACCACGCUGCACGUGCUGAUUUGAGUGGCUAAACUCGCUGCAGCUCAGCCCUUUGCCUCCUUUCCGUCACCUUCAGUACUUCCCAGUGCAUGUCACCUUGAAGGCUGCUCCGUCUGGUGGGUAGGGGUGCAAGCUGCCAGGGAGGUUUGGAAGCAUCAGGCCCAUGGCUGUUCACGUGUGUCGUGUGUGUGCGUGCAAACGUGUAUAUAACUGAAGUGUCUGUGUGGAAUGCCCCACGGUAGCACGGGGUUGGUCACUGGGUUGUUUUGUAAUGCCCACCCCCUGCUUUGGUAUUGCCAGUUUCUUGUGCAAUAAACAAUCAGCAGCUGUGGGUGGUGUCGGUGUGGCUGUCUACAGAAUCACUGUCCUCCAGCCAAGAGGCCUCCGGGCUCCACAGUCCCAGGCCCAGGUAGAAUGGAAAUUCCCUGACCUUGCUGGUUCUGAGAAGUGUGCAUGCUGUUAACCCAGGAGCCCACUUCUGAGGCAGCCAGCUGGGGAUUCAUCCCGGGUCACUGCCUCACUACACCCCCCAUGAUGGGGCUGCUUCAGGCCGUUGCUGGGGAGCAGAGGAGAAGAGCUGCAGGUCAGGCAGCUCGGGGAAGCGCAUCUUGGGCGGUGGCUCAUUCAUGAAAUGCUGAGGUUGUGCAGGUCCUGGGAUGACUGAGGGACUCUGCUGUUGAGCUCCUUGUCACACAGGUGGUUUCUACCCACUUGUUUUGACACUUGAGGGUUCAGAGAUGGAAUGGAUCACCACACUGAGGGGUCUUGAUACAUUUAACAUAGAAAUGACUUUGUCAUAGACCCGUCAUUCCUCAUUGUGCCUCUUCUCAGGGAUGCAGAAAUGUCCAGAGCUCGUUGGCUGAAUUUGCUCCCCCCAGCUCCAAAGUCCCUUUUUCUUUUCUCCCCAUUUGCUGCUGGAGAUAGAACCCAGCACCCGUGUACACUGAGUGUGUUCUCUACCACUGAGCUACAUGGCCUGCACUUGCAAAGUCAUUUUUUCACUUGACCGGGCAACACUGUACAUAGACAGAAUUAUUGAAGAAAGUCCACGUGUUGUGUAGACAUCUCAUAGUAAGUUAAAUAAGAAAUGCUCCCGUGGGAAUCGUUCUCCCAGUCCUUAUGCCCAGAGGUAACUGCUGUGCACAAUUGGCUGUGGUCCUUCUAGACUCUUGUUUUGUAUUCAUGUGUAAAUCAUGUACACAUAUAAUUUUAGAAUAUACUCAUAUCAUACAUGUUGAGAAACUCUUUUAUUAAAAGAGAUAUUAGGGAUGCCUUUCCAUGUUGGCUGGUAUAGGUCUACUUAAUUCUUUGACUGUGUGAUGUUCGUGUCCUAUACCCAUCACCUUCCUGAGAUGUGCGUCCAGCAGCUUUGGUAUAGGACCUUGCGCAGAUCUGUGUGCUGAUGCUCUCCCAGUAGGGGACAGUUCUGGAAGCUGAGUCAUUGAUUAUGCCCUUUAUUUUUGUUUUAAAAAUGUUUUUAAUGUUCAAAUUCAAAGAUAGGAAAGCCUUGUAGUGAAGGGCCUCCCUCACUCGUUCACCCCUCUGAUCCCCUCCUGGAGGUAACUUGUUGCAGACUUCUUUUGAAUCCUUCCAGAUAGAUUUUUAAAAGUCCCAACAGGUUCUGCCAAAUUGUCCUUCAAAAGCAUUCUUAUUAGCUGGUCGUGGUGGUGCAUGCCUAUAAUCCCCACUCAGGAG